AUGACAUCGUCUCCGUCUACCAGUUCUAAUGGCUCUCCAAAAUCGAAUCGACAGUAUCAUCCGCAGUUUCAACACUCUCUUCACUACUCUAAACCUUUCUCCUACGGUCUUGAGCAGCGCCUCAUCGACAUUUCAGAUGAGGAUGCUUCAGACGAUGAGUCGCGUCCGCGUUUGCCUGUCACAACAGGCAACCUGAACAAGUGGACCAACAUGCUUCAUGGAUGGCAGGAACGUUACUUUGUAUUGAAAGAUGGCGUUCUUAGUUACUUUCGCAACGCUGAUGAUGUGGCUGACGGCUGUCGUGGAGCUAUCCGUCUCAAGAAUGCUCAAGUUCAGCCUCAUCCCUAUGAUGAUUGCCGAAUAGAUGUGAGUCUGGGAGACUCCACUUGGUACUUUCGGUGUCCCUCGGCUCAAUCUCGAAGACAUUGGGUUGAAUGUAUCGAAAAGCAUCGAUUAGCAGACUCGGGCUAUUGUUCAGAGCAAGCACUGACGACGCGGAGCUCGCUCCUCUCCCUCAACUCCAUAACAUCGGCCUCCAACCUCGGUGGUUCUGGUGUUCUUCGUGGACAAAGUCUUUUUGACAUGGUUGCCGAGAUCGAAAGCUUCAAGACAGUGUUAUGUCAGCAGGCAGAGAAGCUACAGGCCUACUUGGACACCUGCUACCGAAUUGCAGUGCAGGCCGAAGAAGCUGGAGGCUAUGACCACCUUCUAGAGUCCGCAGUGUUUGAGGAAAUCAUCUGCCACCUACAUCGAGAGGUGUCAGCUCUACGUGCGACUCCUCCUCGUCGCACUGUUGCGACAUCGGAAAAGACGCCACAGCCGAGUUUCGAGGAGCCCGACACGGAUACGGAUGAUAGGGACUCUCUUGUCUCAGAUAUGAGUUCGGAUGAGUUGCUGUUCUCGACUCCCCUUCCUCGUGAUUCCACAAUAAUUCAGCAGAACGGUGACCAUCUAAUUCACACAGUCGAUUCCUCUCCUUCUGCCUUUUUCAACACCUCUCCCGCGGCCUCUGGUGCCUUAGCUCCCAAGACUAACAAUGUUGUUUCACCAGAUUCUGGAGAUGAGGGUGCCAAGACACCAAAGGCCAAUGUCACUUCCCGCAGUUACGGAAGUGGUGGGGGUGGUGGGUUUUUUUCCCGCUUUUUACCCUUUCGUGGCAAUGCAAGCAGUAAUACCAAUGCCUCUCCCAAUACUGCCUCCUCGGGUGCUGUCAGCGCUGCAAGUGGAAACCAGGCGAAAUCAUCACUUUCUUCGAGCAAGGGCAAGAACCGAUCUGAACCGCCGCUUCAUACCUCUCGAAUGCAUGAUCUCGGCAUCCUUCUCAAUCACUUUGGCGCAUUGUCGAUUGAGUUUGGAACGGAGGUGGACCUCUUCAGGAGCACCUCGUCGGCACUACAAGCAGCCCUUAGCCGAACUGUGGAGGUCUUCAAUCAACGUGAGGACACCUGGCGUCGUCGUCUCGAGCGCGAGGCAGAACGAAGACGCACCUUGGAGCGUCAGUUGAAAACCGCACAGGAUGCGGCUACAGCUACACGCCUCAAUGCCACUCUUAUGACUCGCCGUGGUAUCAGAAUGGUGCCGGGUAAAGCUCACCAGCGUAGCCACAGCCAUGGCGGUCAGCAAAAUCUCUACGGCAAUCAACUCUUUCCCCAACUCGCCGCGGCUCCAUCCACCACUAUUACCACCGCUGCCGAUAGCGUUGUCACCUCUCCUGUUGCCCGUGGGGAGAUGUUUAUUGUCGAGGAGAGGGGUCCCGACUUUGCUGAGGGCGGCUCUGAGUACACUGUCUGCGAAGAGAACUUCUACGACGCAAUUGAUGCACAGCUUGACAAGAUGCACCAAGACGAGGCUUGUCUCAUGGCGCUCAAAUCGGUGGGUGAUAAAUUGCGCUCCGCCGAUGCCAUGCCUCCCACUCACCCUCUCUAUCCAGAGGUCUCCAAAAUCUGCGAGGAACGAAUGAACAUCCUCCGUGGCGGGUUUCCCUCUUCGGAGGGGGAGGCUGGUAGUGUCAACAACGGCUGGACGAUCCUUGCUAGGCAGGGAGAGAUGACCAUCUAUAAUCGUGAGGUCGAAUCUGCUGAUGGCACCUAUUUGGACCCACUUCAGGCCGUCCACAAGGUGUCCAAAGUCACUGCACGUGAGAUGUGCGAGGCCUUCUGGGACGUUCAAUAUCGUCUAGACUGGGAAAUAACAGUUGAUCAAGCGCCUACGGUAAUAGAAGUCUGUGGUGAUGACACCGUCCUCCAAUACCAAGUUAGUUUUUUUUGGCAUUUAAGAUGA